GGAGGAAAUAACUAAUGUCAUGGAGUAUGAGGCUAUUGCCAAGAAGAAGCUGCCGAAGAUGGUGUUUGACUACUAUGAAUCUAGUGCAGAGGACCAAUGGACGCUGGCUGAGAACAAGAACGCCUUUUCAAGAAUUCUGACAGGCAGGAUUACAGGCGUGGGGACCCUCGCCCUCCCAAUCAUUAAAACGCAACAAAUUUGCUUGAAAACACCACCACAUGGUUCUGGUUAAAGGACCCCAGUCCCCAGAUUUUCAAGAUUAUAAUAAGCUAGCAUGCAAGGCUCUCAUCACAGCCAUUGUAGAAUUGUAGGUUUACUUCUACUGGCCUUCUACUUCUAGCCAGAAAAGAAAAAAAGCUCCCUUUUUUUGGGUUGGGAAAAUGGGUGAUGAAGUGAUAUUGUUGGAUUUCUGGCCUAGCAUGUUUGGAAUGAGGAUAAGAGUUGCUCUGGCUGAGAAGGAGGUGAAGUAUGAGUACAGAGAAGAGGACUUGUUGAACAACAUGAAAAGUGAGCUGCUUCUGAAGAUGAACCCGGUUCACAAGAAAAUCCCAGUUCUCGUCCACAAUGGGAAGCCAGUCUGUGAAUCUACGAUCGCAGUGGAGUAUAUUGAUGAGGUGUGGAAGGACAAGGCCCCAUUGCUCCCCUCUGAUCCUUAUGAGAAAUCCCAGGCUAAGUUCUGGGCUGAUUACAUCGACAAGAAGCUGUAUGAUCUUGGCCGGAAAACAUGGACAACAAAGGGAGAAGAACUGGAGGCAGGCGUUAAGGAGUUGAUAGGCACCUUAAAGGUGCUGGAGGGAGCGCUUGGAGACAAGCCAUACUUUGGGGGCGAGAGCUUUGGGUUUGUUGACGUUUCCCUCGUAGGAUAUUGCUGCUGGUUCUAUACCUGGGAGAGCUUUGGUCAUUUCAGUCUAGAGGCUGAGUGCCCUAAGCUGGUUGCUUGGGCUAAGAGGUGCAUGGAGAAGGAGAGUGUCUCCAAGACUCUCCCUGAUUCUCACAAGAUCUUGGAGUUUACCCAUGUCUUCAGGGAGAAACUGGGUUUUGCUUAAGGGCUUCCUUCCAUUCAAUAACACUACUUGGUUGAACUUUGUUUGUGUGUUUUUUGGUUUUCAUGUUGUGGAGUUUUAUGUUAUCAAAUGUGGUAGUAAUCUAUGGUCUGUGUCUGUGUAGCAGUGACACUUGAGUGUGUCCUGUGAGUAGAUGUCAUGUUGGAUUAAUGUAUGACAAUAAGCCAAUUAUGUUGGUGUUUGU